GGAGAGAGCCCCGUGCUCCGGGGGCCCAGUACCGUUCAAAGAUGCAGGCUGCCGGGACGCUGCGUGGUACCAGGGCCAUUUCCCUUCUGGCACUCCUGGUACCUCUCAUUGGCUAUGCCUAUUCGAGUCCCCUACAAUAUUUGCCAAGCAUCCCGGGAUACAUUCCCGUUUAUAUAAGAUACGGAGACGAACCGUUGGAAGGAAUAAAUCCCGAGUUGGCCGAAGCAUUCGGAGAGACAACGAAUUCGGCUAAGAGUUUGCAGAAGAUAGACCACACACUCGCUCACGAGUCUGACAAUUUCAAAGAUGAUGAUGUAAACGUUUUUCUGGAAGAACCGAAGAGGGAACACGAUUAUCCGUUGCACGCUCGAGCGGCGGAAAGUCGUUCAUUCGCCUCUGUCAACGAUCCAAGGAAUCCUAAUAAACCAAAGCUUCUAAGCAUUUAUACAUUGCCCGAUGAUAGAGAAAACAGGCCACGUAGACGUUAUCGAGGAAGAUCUAGGAUAAAGGAUUCUAGAAAACGGCCCGCGUUUAAGGACAAUCCACUCUCGGACGAAGAAAAGGAAGAAUUGGAAAAAUUGGCGAUUGAGGUCGAAAAAGAGGAGACCAAACCGAAUGAUCUCUACGCUCCAUAUCCCAGACAUUUUGGAUCACCCAAAAAUACGCACAAUCGACAUGAAACAAACGAUUUUAUCGCGCCGAUAAAAGUGCAAGUUCCCCUCGACGAAUCUUUGACAAACUUGCCAAAAAUUCCCCAAAACACCGACUUUUUACAAUCGAAUCAAGAUAUCGCUAUACCUGAGGCGGAGAAUGAGGAACCAUUAAUUAAAGGGCAACGUCCGGCCACACUUUGGUCUAAUGUACAUAAACUAUCGCCUAUCGAUUUGCCAAAUGAAACUGAAACUAACAAAGAUACUAUAUUUGAAGCUGAAAAAGAAAAAUCGGAAACAGACCUUAGUACGAAAAUAAAUCUGUUAGAAAUACCUCAAGAUACUACAGAUUUUUUGAAAUCUUCAGACAAUACCGCUGAAGCCAAUGAACAGGAACCACCUUUUAAGAUACAAGGUCCAGCAACAAUUUUGUCGAAUGUAGAUAAACUGUCACCCAUUGAUUUGCCAAACGACAGUAAAGCUAAUAAAAAAAAAUAAAACAAAAGAUUUUUUACACAGCCUACCGACAAAGUCGCGAAUCAGAUAAUCAAAGCUUUUUAAGAUAAACUCUUUUAUAACUUAUUUGUUGUAAUAAUAUCGGAUGUCCCAAAUCACCUCUUUUUCAACCGUAAAUUCUUCGAAAAAAUCUCAGAAUAAAUUUUCUGAAUUUUUCUUAAUGAAAGUUCCUGAGAAGGCAUUUGUCACAAUGUUUUUGCAAUUGUCUCGAUUGCUAAUAUUAAACAUUAAAGUGUAAUUAAAAUAAAAAUAUUUUCUAAAAGUUAUUUUGCGACGUAAUUAACCUAGUAUAAAAAAUUCAUCAUAAAAUCUCGAUGUAUAAAGAAAUUUAUAAUGGAAGAAAAAUGUGAUUAUAGACAUCUGUAUAUUAUAAAAAACAAUAAGUUUCAAGCGCAAGCCACUUGCUGAACGAGAGAAACAUUUUUAUAAUUUUGUAUUAUUUAUGAUGAGAUGACUUAUUGUUUAUGUUAUCAUAAAGAAUAUACUACACUGUAGACUUCACAGUCUUCCAAGUGACUGUUACUGCUUCUAAGUUUGUAAAGUUUGUUUGCACAUUGUAAAUUAUGUUAAGGAUAAAAUUAUUGUGUAAAGUUAUUUUAGAACGUUUCUAAUAAAAUCGCUAUCGCAAAAUUAUUCAAAAUAGUGAAUAAAAAUUUAUAUAUCGA